CCACCGAUCAAUAUAAAGAAGGGGUCGUCCGUAGCGAAGGACAGUUUCUUCCUUUCCUUUCAACCCCUCUCUUACACGUCUAAAAAAUGGCCGAAAAGUCCCAGAACCAGUUCGUCGUCGAUUUCCUCAUGGGUGGUGUCUCCGCCGCUGUCUCCAAGACUGCUGCUGCUCCCAUUGAGCGUAUCAAGCUCUUGAUCCAGAACCAGGAUGAGAUGAUCAAGCAGGGUCGUCUUGCCUCGCCCUACAAGGGCAUCGGCGACUGCUUCUCCCGUACCAUGAAGGAUGAAGGUUUCGUCUCUUUCUGGCGUGGUAACACUGCCAACAUCAUCCGUUACUUCCCUACCCAGGCUUUGAACUUUGCCUUCAAGGACAAGUUCAAGCGUAUGUUCAACAAGGAUAAGAAGAAGGAUGGUUACUGGGCCUGGUUCGCCGGUAACUUGGCUUCCGGUGGUGCUGCUGGUGCCUCGUCGCUCUUCUUCGUCUACUCGCUCGACUAUGCCCGUACCCGUUUGGCCAACGAUGCCAAGGCCUCCAAGGGUGGCGGUGAGCGCCAGUUCAACGGUUUGGUCGAUGUCUACCGCAAGACCUUGGCCUCUGACGGUAUCGGCGGUUUGUACCGUGGUUUCACCAUCUCCUGUGUUGGUAUCAUUGUCUACCGUGGUUUGUACUUCGGUAUGUACGAUUCGCUCAAGCCUGCUCUCCCCGAGAACCUCCAGAAGAACUUCUUGGCUUCGUUCUUGCUUGGCUGGGCUGUCACCACUGGUGCCGGUUUGGCUUCGUACCCCAUUGACACUGUCCGUCGUCGUAUGAUGAUGACCUCCGGUGCUGCUGUCAAGUACGACUCCUCGCUCCACGCUUUCCGUGAAAUCGUCGCCAAGGAAGGUUACAAGUCCCUCUUCAAGGGUGCCGGUGCUAACAUUCUCCGUGCCAUCGCUGGUGCUGGUGUCUUGUCUGGUUACGACGCUCUCCAGGAACUUAUGUUCGGCAAGAAGUUCUAAGUUGAUUAACCCUACGUUAUUAGCUUAAACUAUCUCAAAAAAUUCCCAUCCAAACACACAUACAUCAUCCAAAAAAAAAAGCAUUAGAUUAUCUUUUUUUCUCAUAGAGAGGGUUCCCUAGUCUUUAAAAAAGUGCUAUGCCUUUUUGUUCAAAAUAAACAUUUCGACGUGUAAUAAUAACUCAA